GCACGGGAUAAAAGGCGGGCGGCGGGCGCGGGAGCCCGGGCCCUGCAGCCUGCGAGCGCCACCGGCGGGCCGGCUUCCCCCGCCGCCCACCCCGCUCCCGGCGCGGCCGAGCUCCGGCGGUACCUGCAGCCGAGCGAGAGAGCCGGGGAGCCCGCGCCGCUGCCUCGAAACUCGCCAAAGUUGAGAGGCUGCCGCCCACCGGGAGCUGGAGGGAAGGUGCGAGCGCGCGGGGCGCAAACCGGCAGGCGGACGCGCGGACCUUCCGAGCGCACCGCCGUCGGCGGCCUCUCCGAGCCGCUGCGGCUUCCCAGCGCUGUGAGUGGUCGGCUAGACCGACGGCUGGCUAAGUAUUUCCGUUCAAUUGUUUAUGGGAUGCGAUUGUGUGUUUUUGUGUGUGUCGGUGGAGGGAGUUAAGGCAGAAUGCAUCCUUUAGAAACAAAAACACACAAAAAAGCCUGAGUUUCUCAUGCUGAGACUGUCGCAUUGAGAGAAGGUACCUGGAAAUCUCACUGAGUUGGAGUAAUCUAGGAAAAAUGCAUAUAACAGGUUCUUUAUUAAAAAGCCACCCCUGUUGGAGAUGGAACCCAUUUCAAAAGUUAAUUGGAAUGAAAGCAAUUACGGAAUAACUCUAACGGGUUAACUAGUGGCAGUUAACUUGUACUUUUCUCCCGUUUUAAAUGUUGUUACCAGAUUGGUGGGAGACUGAGCUGAUGAGAAGCGACUGGCAAGAGACUCAGAGGCGACCAUAAUGUCGUUAAGGUUCCACACACUGCCCACCCUGCCUAGAGCUGUCAAACCGGGUUGCAGAGAGCUGCUGUGUCUGUUGGUGAUCGCAGUGAUGGUGAGCCCCAGCGCCUCAGGAAUGUGCCCCACUGCUUGCAUCUGUGCCACCGACAUUGUCAGCUGCACCAACAAAAACCUAUCUAAGGUGCCCGGGAACCUUUUCAGACUGAUUAAAAGACUGGAUCUGAGCUAUAACAGAAUCGGACUGUUGGAUGCCGACUGGAUCCCGGUGUCGUUUGUCAAGCUGAGCACCUUAAUUCUUCGCCACAACAACAUCACCAGCAUCUCCACGGGCAGUUUCUCCACAACCCCAAAUUUAAAGUGUCUGGACUUAUCAUCCAAUAGGCUGAAGUCGGUAAAGAGUGCCACAUUCCAAGAGCUGAAGGCUCUGGAAGUACUGCUGCUGUACAACAACCACAUUUCCUAUCUGGACCCCGCAGCGUUCGGGGGGCUUUCCCACUUGCAGAAACUCUAUCUGAGUGGGAACUUUCUCACACAGUUCCCUAUGGAUUUGUAUACUGGGAGGUUCAAGCUGGCUGAUCUGACAUUUUUAGAUGUUUCCUAUAAUCGAAUCCCUUCCAUACCGAUGCACCAUAUAAACUUAGUGCCGGGGAGACAGCUGAGAGGCAUCUACCUUCACGGGAACCCAUUUGUAUGUGACUGUUCUCUGUACUCGUUGCUGAUCUUUUGGUACCGUAGGCACUUUAGCUCCGUGAUGGAUUUUAAGAAUGACUAUACCUGUCGCCUGUGGUCUGACUCCAGGCACUCCCACCAGCUGCAGCUGCUCCAGGAGAGCUUUCUGAACUGUUCUUACAGCGUUAUCAACGGCUCCUUCCACGCACUUGGCUUUAUCCACGAGGCUCAGGUUGGGGAGAGGGCGAUCGUCCACUGUGACAGCAAGACUGGCAAUGGAAAUACUGAUUUCAUCUGGGUCGGUCCCGAUAACAGGCUGCUGGAGCCAGAUAAAGACAUGGGGAACUUUCGUGUGUUUUACAACGGAAGUCUGGUCAUAGAGAACCCUGGCUUUGAGGACGCCGGGGUAUAUUCUUGUAUCGCAAUGAACAGGCAGCGGCUGUUAAACGAGACGGUGGAUAUCAUGAUCAACGUGAGCAAUUUCACCAUAAACAGAUCCCACGCCCACGAGGCGUUUAACACGGCCUUUACCACCCUGGCUGCCUGCGUGGCCAGUAUAGUUCUAGUGCUACUGUAUCUGUACCUGACGCCGUGCCCAUGCAAAUGCAAAGCCAAGAGACAGAAAAACACGCUGAGCCAAAGCAGUGCCCACUCGUCCAUUCUCAGUCCUGGCCCCACUGGCGAUGCCUCUGCUGACGAUCGGAAGGCAGGUAAAAGAGUCGUGUUUCUGGAGCCCCUGAAGGACACGGCGGCCGGACAGAAUGGCAAAGUCAAGCUUUUCCCCAGUGAGACCGUUAUAGCCGAGGGCAUCUUAAAGUCCACCAGGGCAAAGUCUGACUCAGACUCAGUCAAUUCCGUGUUCUCAGACACACCCUUUGUGGCAUCCACUUAGCUGGGUGCCUGUGUUCGUCUGGUGUCGUGAUUUAAAGUCUCCCUGCUUUAACUUUGGUCCGAAGAAUUAAUAGCAGGACGGGGUGAAAACCCUAUUUUGUCUUUUGAGAUGAAACCAAAUGGUGUCUUUUUAAGAUGGUUGCUAGGAAGUGAGGCAGAGCACACUGGUUGCUUCUUGGACUGGGUCAGGAGACGGUUGAGUUUGAGAGUUUUGAGUAACAGCAUCUUAGCCUUCAGCAUCGCCGAGGAUUUCAAAGCUGCCUUGAAGGCAGUAGGACCAGCCAUUAUCUCUUUAUUUGGUUAUCUUGAAGGAAAAAUGGAGCUAUGUGUUAGCAUUCUUUAAAAAUAGACUCUUUUUGACUUACUAGAACCAAAGUUGAGCUGAGCUUUUUUUUUUCUUUUAAAGAAAAACAUUAGUGGCUUCUUUCCCUUUUAAAAGAUAUAGAAGGAAGAAUUGGCUAUUUAUAAAGCAUAAAGUUAGCAUAGAGGUUUUUCAGCCAAAAUCAUCAUUUCAGACCAGAAUGACAAACUUAUAACAUCCACAGGGUUCUGCCACAUCCCAUGUAGUGCAAAGGGACAUUUAGCUGUUUAGCUGUCUUCUCCGUCCUCGCUGUCCUGAAUACCCUGGUACAAAAGAUCUCGCUGAAACAUUAAAGAUGUCAUUAUUUGUUGCAAAGAAUAUGUGUCAGUACCGAAAUGUCUGAGUAACUCCCUAAACCUUCAUCGUAGCAGACUCACGGCUGUCCGUCUGCUUGUGUAUCUGUAGAACCUUAAGUUAUGUGAAUGGCUGAGUAGACCCUAAUGUGCUGUGUUUCAGGCAUUUAAAUCCAUGCAAAUACAUACACGUGCUCUGUGACUUUAUGCUUGAGUUGCCUAUUUACCGAUGCAACCUGAAAUGUUGAACGUG